CUGUCCGCCCUCCAGCUGUGCCUCUUGCUGUUCGCAGUCCUUAUACCAGCAUAUGGAUCUCUACUGCAAAUAAUGGCACUCUCAACACCAAUGAAGCCAUGUUCUGGCAAGGUACCACCGCUGGGUGGGAAGGUAUCAUCGUCAUAGAUGGCAUUAUCUACGAGUAUCUCGGCACUGGACUACAAUCUCUUCCACCCCUCGCUAAUGUGAAGACUGCUUCCCAACUCGCCGUCUCUUUUGACUCUCAGUACUCGAACUUCACCAUCCGUGCAGGUCCAGUUGAUCUCGUUGCGAGCUUUCUUAGCCCUGUCAUCCCACGGGAUCUUUGCCGCACUAGUAUACCUCUCAGCUAUCUCCAAGUCAGCUUCUACAGUACGGAUGGCCAGCUCCAUGAUGUUCAGCUGUAUAGCGACGUCAAUGCGGGCUGGAUCUCGCCAGAGACUAACACGACUCUGAACUGGAACCUCUUUGAAGGUAAUUCAGCCGUCAAUGGGAGUGGUAACGCCACCAGUAGUCCCUCGACUGUUUACAGCUGGGUGCUUUCCCAAAAGAACCAGUACGAUUUUGGAGAACAGCAAGACUUUCCACAGUGGGGCAAUUUCACUCCUGGUCAAUCCGAAAACUUCAGUUUCCAGAGCGGCCACUCGCUUGAUCUUCGUUACAAUUAUGUCAAACGCCUCCAGCUCUCCAACGUUUUAGAUUCUGAUUACCGCGGUGCUCAGAGCAAGGAGCCGGUAUUUGCAUUUGCUCAUGACUUUGGAUCGACAGUAUCGGGAAGUGCUCUUUACACCAUCGGAACAGUACAACAAAACGUCAUCAGAUUCUUGACGUCUGAUGGGCUUGUACCUCUGCAGCCGUGGUGGACGGAGUGCUAUGGCGAUGACUUAUUUGACCUCAUCAACUUUCAUUAUGAUGAUUUCGCAACCAGUCAAGCGAAAGGAGCGAAAUUUGAAGCUCAACUCAAAGCGGAUGUGCAAGCCUACUACUCAAGCUUCCCUGGAUCGUUGUAUAGUAACAGCACACCAUCGACACUUCCAUCGUAUGUCAACUCCUCUGGUAGUGAGGACGGCACAGAUCAAUUUGGGCACACCUACAUCCUCGACUCGAGCAAUGUCUAUGGUUUCCUCGACCCCACCGACUUCAACGGUAUCGCCAUCCCCGAUGUUUCUGAAGCUGAGAGUUACUAUGCUAUCGUUGCUCUGAGCGCUCGUCAAGUGAUGGCAGCGUACGUCUUGACUGUCCCGCCAACUCUUCGCUACAGCAAUUCGUCGUCCAUUACGUCAGGUGAACCGCUCUUGUUCCAGAAAGAGAUAUCGAGUAAUGGAAACAUGAAUACAGUCGACGUCAUCUUUCCAGCCUUGCCCUUUUACCUCUACGCCAAUCCUCAGAUGCUCAAAUUCGUCUUGAAUCCACUAUUUCAUCAUCAAGAGAACGGGUUCUACCCCAACGGCUACAGCAUGCACGAUCUUGGGACGCAUUUUCCCAAUGCGACUGGCCAUGUCGAAGGUAAUGAUGAGUACAUGCCGGUUGAAGAAAGUGGAAACAUGCUCCUCAAGGCAUAUUCUUACUACAAAUUCACUGGUAAUACGAGCUUCCUCAUCCAACACUACUCCAAGUAUCGACAAUGGGCGAGCUACGUGAUACAAUACUCUCUGGUACCUGAGGCUCAGUUAAGCACCGAUGAUUUCGCAGGGACGCUUGCCAAUCAGACAAAUCUUGCAAUAAAAGGAAUUCUAGGCCUCAAAGCGAUGUCGUUCAUAUCACAAGUCGUGGGUGACUUAAGCGCCGCAGCUAACUACUCAGCUACCGCGUCUUCUUACUUCACUCAAUGGGAAAAAUUCGCGAUUGACCCGACUGGGACGCACACUAUCCUAGCCUAUCAGAGUCGUGGAUCCUUCGGCCUCCUAUAUAACACUUAUCCGGACAAGCUUCUGAAUCUCGGUAUCAUUCCACAAAGUCUACAUGAUAUGCAAAAUGAUUGGUAUCCAAAGAUCUCUCAAAUUUUUGGAGUCCAACUUGACAGCCGUCAUACCUAUACUAAGAGUGAUUGGGAAAUGUGGACAGCAGCUACAUGUGCUCCAGAGGCCCGUCGUCUGUUUGUCAAUUCACUAGCACACUGGCUCAACAAUACUAGCACGAACCUGGCUUUCUGGGACUUAUUCAAAACCGUUGGUACAGGGGGCUAUCCCGUUGGUGGUCCGACAUUCAUCGCGCGCCCUGUUGCUGGUGGACACUACAGUCUCCUUGCAAUGCUGAAGACUGGACAAAACAGCCAGAUUGGCACAGCUCCUGGUGGAUUCAUACAAAAUAGUACUCAGGCCUUGACCGAGUCUAGAGCUGACUACCUGGAUAUCUCAGCUGCUAGUGUGUCGCUGCAGACCACGAAGUCCGCCUUGAUAUCAGCACCUACAAGUGGCCUGUUCAACGUGUCUAUCCACACGCGAGCGGUACAGUAGAGGACUUGUCUCAUGGUGAUCUGGAAGCACCUCUUGUAAGCGUUUCAUAUUUAGACAAGGGCAAGAUUUUCUCAUCAAAUGGGGUUGUGGUCUAGUGGUAUGACAUC